AUGGGAUGUCCAAGCUGUGGAUCAACAGCUUUUGAAUCUGAUGUAGCAUCAGGAAAUACAUACUGUUUAGAGUGUGGUGUUGUGGUUGAACAAAAUGCAAUUGUAUCAGAAGUGACAUUUGGUGAAGCCUCAAGUGGUGCAGCCGUAGUGCAAGGCUCUCUCGUCAGUCAUGAUCAAACACAUGCUAGACCUAUGGGAGGUCCAUUUCGAAAUCAAAGCUCCUUGGAAUCCAGGGAAAUGACCAUUGCAAAUGGACGCCGCCGUAUCUCAGCUUUAGCAAUCGCAUUAAAAUUGAACGAGCGACAUGUUGAGGCUGCCGUUCGUUACUUUACUCUUGCGAUUAACAAUAAUUUCAUUAAAGGCCGUCGGUCGCAGUACGUUGUAGCUUCGUGCCUGUACAUCGUUUGCCGUUAUUCGAAAACAUCACAUAUGCUUAUUGACUUUUCCGAUAUGCUGCAAAUCAAUGUCUUUAAACUUGGCUCCACCUUUUUGAAGUUAUGCCGCACCUUAGAAAUUACACUACCCCUGUUAGAUCCUUCCUUGUAUAUUAGUCGAUUUGCUGCUCUUUUAGAAUUUGGUCCAGAAACGUCUCGUGUUGCCAACGACGCAAUUCGCCUUGUUGCACGUAUGAAUCGAGAUUGGAUGCAGAUCGGUCGCCGCCCUGCUGGUAUUUGCGGUGCCUGUCUUUUAAUCGCUGCCCGUAUGAACAACUUUAGAAGAAGUGUUCGUGAGAUUGUACACGUGGUUAAAGUUGCAGAUAUCACCAUCCAGAAACGUCUUGACGAAUUUCGUAUUACCGAAAGUGGUGAUUUAUCAAUCGCUGACUUUCGCAGUAUUUGGCUUGAGGGUCAAUCAGAUCCUCCAAGUUUUGCGAAAAAUCAAAAGACCUAUGUCAACCCUUUUGAUGCAGUAUCGUCCUCUCCUCCUAUAAAAGAAUCACCGUCCCAAAUAGAGAAAACAGACCCUCCGAACAUACAACCACGGGAAUCUUCGCCUGUAAUGAAAUCCGAAGAAUUAUCACAAAACGUCAAGGUAGGUUCUCAGGAACAGCAAUCUAAACUGUUAGAGGAAUCUCAAACUAUUCGAAAAGAGGUUUCUGAAACUCUCAGACAGGAGGAUUUCAAAAAGCUUUCUUCCCAGGUAAAUGUCAAGUUGAGCGAAGACGAGAUUGUUUUAGGCGAUGUAGAUGAUGACGAGAUACAAGAAAUACUUCUCGAUAAAGAGGAAGUAGAAACGAAGACUCAAGUUUGGAUGGAAUUAAACAAGGAAUAUCUAGCUGAAGAAGAAGCAAAGAAUUUGAAAAUUCAGGAAGAUUUGAAGAAAGGAAUUGUGAAACAACCUCGCAAGCGACGAAAAUAUCGUCCCAAGGAUAGCACCAGUGAUGGACUUGCCAAUACUCCUGCCGAAAGUGCGAAAGAGAUGAUGCAACAAAGAGCAUUUUCUAAGAAAAUCAAUUAUGAAGCACUAGACAUGUUAUUUAACGAAUAG